AUGUCUGAAACUCCACGGCGCCGCGGCAGACCCAGAAUCGUGCGGCCCGAAGGUGCACCCAAAGAACAAAAGAAACGUGGGCGAAAGCCAGGAUCUCUCAACAAAAAAACCACCGUGGCGCUUGCCCGCCGCUCGUCGCCGCGUGUGGAGGCGGCAAACUCGGCGCUGCUAUUGGCGCUGCCUUUUGCUUCUGGUGCAAACGGCCCAGACCCUGUUUUGGCGCGAGUGCCAGUUCUUUCCGCCGACGGCUUUGUCGAGCCCGAGUUGGCGCCCCUGCGGCCUGGUAUCUCCGGAUUCCCGCUAGAAGCGUUGCCGCCCAAGGCGAAGAGACCUGUUCUGGGCGGCAGAGGCCGCAAACCCAAAAACCGCGGCACCACACCCGAGGAAAACGAGCGAGACGCUGCCGCACAGAAAGUAGAGGCUGCCUACCGCCAAUCGCUACAGACGCCACGGCUGGAGCUGCUCACGGCCGCGUCCGAGAUCCGCACGGGGCCCCGUAAACGCGGGAGACCCAGAAAAGACGGACUAGCAGCAGAUCACACAGAUACAGACACUGCUCACAUAAAAGCUGCAGACGGCGAAUACUCGGCGAGAACACCCAGCACGCCGCGCGGCGCCAAAAGACUCAAAACCAGGCUCAAAGGUCUGCCGCAAAAGGGCCGGCUCUUUAUAGCGCCCCAGCCAGAAGACACGACGCAAAACGACGACUACUGCGCCACAUGCGGCGGAACUGGCGAGUUCAUUUGCUGCGACCUGUGCCCGAAGUCAUUCCACCUUCUUUGCUGCGGCCCGCCGCUCCGAGAAGUGCCCGAGGACAAUUGGAACUGCUCCGAGUGCCGCGCCGCCCAGGGCAUGACGCAGCGCCGCCUGUGGAACUCGGUGGGUGUUUUUGGCGCCCUUCUUAAUGCUCUCCACGGACGCAACCCGCGUGAAUACUGUCUUCCGCGGAGGCUCCGAGAAAACACCUUUAUCGACGUUUCCGCUGGGCCAAGCGGCCAGUACACCGAUGCGCUGUUGAAGCCAGAGCGCACAAGCCGUGCGGACGAGUUGGACAUUGAUGCGCUCUACGACCGUGCCGGCAGGCCGUUUUUGUGCCACCGGUGCCGCAUGUCGGGCCGGGCCAACAAAACGCUCGUGGCAUGCGACUACUGUCCGCUCAAGUGGCACCUCGACUGUCUUCCCGAGCCCGUGUGCCUGGCCAAGACGUUGGGGAUGAAGUGGCGCUGUCCCAACCACGUGGCACUGCUCUAUCCGCUCAACUGGCACGAAACUCGCUUUUUCCGGGAUACUCCCGUGUUGGAUCUGGCUUUACAUGCGCAUUUCCUCAAGAUCGCCAUGGCCAGCAACUUCCUCAUAAAGCACGAGGACCAGCCGUACAUUGCCGACGCACGUACGCCGCUGUUGGCUGAGUAUGUCCAGUACCAGAAACAGGACUUUGUGUCGAAUACCACGCGGUUUGUCGAUGCGGCGCAGAAGGAUGGCGACAAUCUCAUAUGCGAUAAUGACGAUGACACGGCGCCGCAGUUCCGCGUGCCUGACUUCAUGCAAAACUACUACGUCGAUGGGCGAAUCGUGGCACGCAGCUCGCGGCGCCUUGGCAAGAUUCUUCUCAUGACAAACGCCGACGAUCCAGACAAGACGCCGUUCAUUUACCGCGUGCCGGAGCGGCAAGUGCUUUUGGAUUUUUUGCGCACUCGGUCGAAGCAGCUGAUCAUGGAAUCUAUUGGCCAGUACGAGCAGCGGGCACAGGCCGAAGCACAGCGUGACGCGCUGGUUGCUGAAGACUUGGCCGCCCUUGCGGAAAAGCCAACAGAAAAGGUGGUGGAGCAUGCGGAUACAGAACACGCUGUGAACAACAGCACAAUUGCUGUGCGUGUGGAAAAAGUCAGGUUGGACGAGUUGGUGGUUGCAGCGGCUGCGCUUGAAAGCGAAGAAAACACAUCGAAGGGACUUUUGAAGGAGAGUGAAGGCAAGCGGACUGAGACUGAAAAUGACAGUCAGACAUUGAAGGACAAUGUUACGUUGGACUCGAAUGGCUCGGAUGCUUCUAAUGGCCAAGGAGAGUGCCGCAAGCCAGAAAACGGCCGCAGCCCAGAAGCAGUCGCUGCUGGAAGUACGGGCUCCAACAAGGGCUUGGGUGGAAUUGCGGCUAAUGUAGACUAUCAAGAGGGACAUUUUGACAAUGGCAACAAGCCGACGCUCCCUGAGAUUUCGGCAGAUGAGAUCAGCCAACUUCGGCAGGUGAAAAAGCUCAUGGAUGCAAAGGGCCACAAGGCACUUCUAGAGUUCUUGCGGAGCUAG